AGUGUCCCAUACGAGCUGGUCUCAACUCCAUAAGAUGUUUACUAGAAAGAAAACCAGUCGUAAAGUGGCGGGAAGAAACAUGGAAAGUGCUGAAUCUCCAGUAUGUGCAGUACGACGAAAACAAACAUAUGGUCCUCGCAUUCGCCCAACACGGAGUAAAAAAGGCGACAAAGAUCUUCCAGAUGAGAUGGAGCGGCUUAUCGACGAUUACGUUGACAAUGCCAUAAGCACAGGAGUUGAAGGCUUCAAAAAAGAGUUUGCAAGCAUAGCUUCCUAUCGUGCACCAGAUGAGAUAUAUAAGUACGAUUCGUUUCUGAAACAUUCCGACCGGAAUCGCUAUAAUGACGUUGUGUGUAUUGAAUCAACUCGAGUCAUCCUAACACAAGAUGUGCCACCGUCGACAGACUACAUCCAUGCGAACUGGAUCAAAUUCGAAAAACACGACCGAGUGUUCAUAGCCACUCAAGCUCCGCUUGAUAAUACUAUUGAUGAUUUUUGGCGAAUGAUCUUUCAAGAAAAAUGUCCAAGCAUUGUGAAUCUGACGCCCAUGAUCGAAAAUGGUAAAGUCAAGUGCACCACAUAUUGGCCACAACAUCCCGGAGCCUUCAACACUUACGAUAAAAUGUUCGUAAACACUAAGAAGGUCGAAUUUGAGGAGCAGUUCACAAUUUAUACCAUUGAACUGCUGCCAGAAGGUUGCUCGGAUUCGCAUAUUGUGAAGAUGAUUCACAUGACAAAUUGGCCGGACAAAGGAGUGCCUGCCAGCGGCCGUCAUGUUCUACGGUUAUUGCGCAUGGUCGUUGCAAACAGGCUUGACUGUGGCCCUAUAGUGGUGCAUUGCUCAGCUGGAAUUGGUCGUACGGGAAGUAUAAUUUUAAUAGACGUAAUCUUGCAUAAAUUGUUCUCUGGAGAGAAAAUUGAGCUACCGCGACUCUUCAAGCAGCUUCGAGAUCAAAGAGCUUCAUCUAUAAACACAGAGUCACUCUAUGUGUUUGUCGUAUACAGUGUUCUGGAUUAUCUGAGGGCAAAGUUCCCGACAAAAUACAAAGAAAAAACGCAAGGAUUCUUCGAUGAUUUCAAAGCGAUACGCCAAUUGCAAACAUAAGACUUGGUGGACUGGCUCAGCAGAUAGAAAAAAAUGAGGAAAAUCGUGUUUUGACUAGAAUUAAUG